AUAAGCUGUGUAAUGGCUGGUGGUUCUGGUGGUCUGUGAGAUCUAUUCGAGAUCAUAACUACGCCACGGUCCCUGGUCUCCCGUGAGUUUUACAGCACAAGAGGAAAGACUGCGGAGACAGCUAGGGUGCGUUUUUAGAAAAGGACUACAAAAGGACUACAAAAGGACUACAACAGUUAUAAUGAAUACUGGAAGGAAAUACUUAAAACAGAAAUUACUCUGCAUCCUGGGAGCAGUGACGAUCCUCCUCAUCUAUCUCAGCAGCUGGAGUUGUCUGGGUCUAAAAACAGCACUGUCAUGGGACGAUUGUGGGCCUUAUGUGGCCUAUCCACAAAACUACAAGUUCAUCAUGGAUGACACACCCACGUGUAAGACCAGGAGUCCUUUCCUGGUCCUGAUGGUUCCGGUUGCACCCAGUGACGUGGCAUCUCGGGAGGCUAUCCGGAAGACAUGGGGAAAUGAGAAACUGGUUCUGGGUCAGCUUAUCGAGACUGUCUUCAUACUUGGCCUGCCUGGAGGAGCUGAUGCUGAGCAGCAGCAGGAGAAUGUCAAACAGGAGAACCUGCUGCACCAUGACCUGAUCCAGAGUAACUUCCAGGACAGCUACCGCAAUCUGACCAUCAAGACUAUGAUGAUGCUGCAGUGGCUGGCUGUGCGCUGUGUAAAGGCUUCCUAUGUCAUGAAGAUUGACACAGAUAUGUUCCUCCAUGUCCAGAAUUUGGUUAAACUGUUGCUGGAUCCCAGCGUGGCCAAACAAAACUACAUAACAGGUUUGGUGUGGUGGCACAGCCCGGUUUUAAGAAACCCAUUCAACAAGUUCUACAUGCCGAGAUACGUGAUUGCGGAGUCAGAGUACCCUCCAUAUCCUCUGGGCAUGUCCUACAUCAUGUCCAUGGACUGCCGAAAGAUCCUAGGAAUCUCUUCUCAGAUUAAACCUGUUUAUAUUGAAGACGUCUAUCUGGGUAUGUGCCUAAAACUUCUGGGCAUCCCCCACCGACCCCCUGAAAAUACAAUGUUUAUUGUCACACCCAGUCAUCCUCUGAGCGACUGCAGCCUUUCAAAAGUGAUUGCUAUAACAACAACAAGCAUCCCGCAGAUGAUGCGUUACUGGGAGAGGAGCAAACAGCCAGAUGCUAAAUGCUGA